UAAGUCAAUAUAUUUUUGAGAGGAAGGCACCAAGUUAUUAACAUUAUGUGAAUUUAUGGUCAUUCUAGCUUCCAAAAGUCCAGCUCUAUUCCACCAACCAAAUUCUUCAGAUCCCAUUUUCAUAAACAUUUCCUCUAUAAAAAACCUCAUCACUUCACUACUUACACAAAACCACUCAAUUCUGAUCAAUUUCAGCCAUGGCAGCACCACUUACAAAAACUCUCCCAAUCUUUACUACCCACUCCCUCUUUCUCUUCUUCUUCCUCCUCCUCCUCCUCCUUUCCUCAUCCACUGCAGCAAAAUCCAACCAAUCAAGCUUCGCGAAAACCCUAGACAAACCCCUAUCGGGGUUCGGCAAAGAAAAGCUAACACACUUUCGCAUAUAUUGGCACGACAUUGUCGGCGGACGAAACCCCACUGCAGUUCCCGUAGUAACCCCAUCUUCCAACAAGACAUCGCCCACCGGCUUUGGCAUGGUCAGCAUGAUCGACGAUCCCUUGACCGAAGGGCCAGAAAUGACGUCGAAAAUGGUGGGUAGAGCACAAGGGUUUUAUGCGCUUGCUUCGCUAGAAGAAGUCGGUUUACUAAUGGCGAUGAACUUUGCGUUCAUUGAAGGGAAAUACAACGGGAGUAGCAUAACAAUCAUGGGAAGGAACACGGUGUUUUCGAAGGUGAGAGAGAUGCCGGUGAUCGGAGGGAGUGGACUGUUCAGGUUUGCUCGAGGUUAUGUGCAGGCUAGAACUCAUAAAUUUGAUGUCAAAACUGGAGAUGCAACAGUUGAGUAUAAUGUUUAUGUUUUACAUUAUUAAUUAGUUGAAGAUGAUGAAGGUUUUGAAUUGAAUUUGAUGACCAAUAAAUUAUUGUAGUA